AUGCAAGAGCAUCUUCCUGGAACUGUAAUAGAACUGGAAACACUGCCUGCAUAUUUAGAUGAUGGAACACAAAUUAGUGGUGCAAGAAUUUUCCAUCGCCUUUUUUGGGUGUUUCAACCUAGUAUCAGAGGUUUCGCCUAUUGCAAACCAAUUGUGCAAGUCGAUGGCACAUGGUUGUAUGGAAAAUAUAGAGGAACGUUGCUAAUGGCUGUUGCGCAAGAUGGGAACGGUAACAUUUUCCCAAUCGCCUACGCAUUGGUUGAAGGUGAGACAGGAGGGGCUUGGAGUUUUUUUCUAAAAAAUUUGCGGCUGCACGUGACCCCUCAAUCUGAUCUAUGUUUGAUAUCUGAUCGACACGAGUCUAUAAAGAGUGCAUACAACAACCCAGACAAUGGCUGGCAAAAUCCUCCUUCAGUGCAUGUGUAUUGCAUCAGGCACAUCGCACAAAAUUUUAUGCGAGCGAUCAAGGACAAAGACCUCCGCAAGAAAGUUGUAAACAUGGACAUGAAAGCUUUCAACUGGAUAGAGAAUCUUCCAAGAGAAAAAUGGCCGCGAGCUUAUGACGGUGGAAGACGAUGGGGUCACAUGAUAACCAACCUUGUGGAGUCAUUGAACUCGGUGAUGAAGGAAACAAGGAAUUUACCUAUUACAACACUGGUAAGGUCAACAUACUUCAGGAUGGGCACAUUGUUUGGGAGGCGAGGUCAUAAUUGGACAAAAAUGUUGUCAUCAAAGAAGGAUUUCACGGAUAAUUGCAUGAAAGAGAUGCAAAAAGAAGUAGAAAAAUCUCAUAGUUAUAAUGUCCUGAGUUUUGAUCGUGAGAGAAACUAUUUUGUCAUCCAAGAGAUAGUUAAUAAUAACGAGUGUCGGCCACUUACUUAUUAUAACGUCGACCUCCAAAAACAAACAUGUGACUGUGGGAAAUUUCAAACUUUUCAUGUGCCCUGCUCGCAUGCCAUUGCAGCUUGUUCUCAUGUCCGACUCAAUUAUCAAAUGUUUAUCCCUCCUGUAUUUAGAGUUCAAAAUAUCUUCAAGGUAUACGAACAAAGCUUCAUCGGUGUUCCCAAAGAAGAUCAAUGGACUCCUUAUCAAGGUGAUAUUCUUUUACACAAUGAAAGAAUGCGACGAAACAAAAAAGGUCGCCCAAACAGCACUCGCAUUAGGACUAAAAUGAACACCGUUAAGAAAAUAAAAAGAUGA